AUUAAAUCCUUGUCAGGCGUUCUUUUUCCCUUUGCUUUUUAAAGAGCCUUCUAAUGCAGGGGACUUUUGUUUUUGUCCAGUUAUGAAACUUUUUGUUGUUGUAGCAUUCUGUUGUAGCUUUUUUUCUGCUAGAGCCACCCCUCUCCCGUUUCAAUUUUUGGACUGCGAUGACCCAGAUGUCUUGGAAGCUGUUGACACAGCACUGCAGAAAUACAAUGGAGACAGCACUACUGGUAAUCAAUUUGCUCUGUACAUGGUGAUGGAAGCCAAGAGAACAGUAGGUCCUGACAAACAAUUCCACGUGAAAUAUCAGAUACGAGAGACCACUUGUGCCACUGAGGAAAACAAACACUGGAAGGACUGUGAUUACAAAGCAUCUGCAGAAGCUAAAACAGGAGAGUGCACAGCUCAAGUUCACAUGAACAACGCUGAAAAAACAAGUAAUGUUUCACAUGAUUGCAAAAUUGUUCCAGUUCAACCAAUGAUACCAUUCACUCAGGCUACCUGUGUUGGAUGCUUUCAUACUAUAUCAAAUGACGAUUUACAAGUGUCAGAAAUUCUGAAAAAAGCCAUUAAAAAGUUCAACAAACACAGUAAUGAAACUGUCCUUUUCAAACUUGUGGAAAUAAUCAAAGCUCAAAGACAGGUGGUAGCUGGAUGGAAUUACAUAAUUAAAUAUGAAAUCAAGGAAACAAACUGCUCUAAAGACCAAUUUCAAGAUUUAACUCACGAAUGCAAAACCACUUCUGAAGGUCGUGUAGGUAAAUGUGAUACCAAAGCAUAUGAAAAUCUUCAGGCAGAGAUUGUAGAUAUUGCAAGCCAGUGCAACCUUCCAGGUACAGUCCUAACUGACAGUGCAGAACUGAAGGAACUACUGAAGGUUGCUGUGGAAAAGUUUAAUUUAGAGACUGAUGAUGACUUCUACUAUCAAGUUUCAGAAAUAGAAUCAGCGACAGUUGAGGCAGGACAAAAGUACAAUCUAGUAUUUCUUGUCCAGAAGACAAACUGCGCAAAAAAAGACUUUGAAACGCUUAACGAGGACUGUGAAGCCAGAACAGACAGCCUACCACUGCGCUGUCAAGCACAAAUUUAUGUGGUCCCACUGGAGAAAAAAAUCAUCUCCCAGGUUAACUGCUCUGAACAUCAGAUAAUGACCGCAUUGGUGAGAAGGCCUCCAGGAUUCACUCCUUUACGAAACUUUGUUGACCUACCACAGGUAGAUGGAACUCCAGCCUCCAAUACAAACGAAGGAGAAAGUCAAAGAGCUGGUGAAGAAAUAAGACAAGAUGAUAGACAGGGACCAGAUAGCGAAGGUGAACCUGGGCACAAACACAGGCAUAAACAUAGGUAUGGAUUUAAAAAUGAUCGUGAAUUUGCCAAAAGGCACAGGCAGGAAACUGACUGUGGGCACAGGCAGGGCCAUAGGUGUGGACAUGGAAAACACGGUAGAAAUGGUAAACACAAACAUCACAAAUCUGAAUCUUCUGAGGAAUCCAGUGAAAGGGUUUUUAGUCAAAAAGAAACCCUCCCAUCAUCCACUGCUGAAACAGCAUUAGAGCUCCUUAAUGCAGAGGUUGUAAGGACAGAAAUUGGUGCUCCUACAGAACCAGUACAUUCUCCUGAUAUCUCUUCCUUUAACGGGAUGCCGGAUCACACAGAAUCUUCUCUCCCCAAGUGUCCUGGGAAACCUUGGAAACCAAUUCUGGACCUGCCCAUUCCUUCCAGCUUUCCCAGAGAAUUCAUAAAUGAGGAUCUCUUGCCUUCUGAUGCAGAAAACAUCGAUCCUACAACAGAAAACCCACCACCUCCCCAAAACGAAGAGAUGAGCUUUGAUCUUGCAGAUGCAUUACAAUAAUUCAAGCAUCACAGGAUCCUCUCCAAAAGCACCACAGAGAAAACCAGAAAAUAUCUGCCUUUUGAAAUAUAUGAGAUAUAAGAGGCAAAAGCUCCUAUAUUCAGUCAGCUGAAAUACUCAAGUUGGUCAUCAAUGCUCCGUGUCUGCUUAACUGUUGCACAUUUGGCAAAAACAUGCAUCAGGCAUGGCACCAAUGCUUCAGAAGCUGUCCAGUAAAGGGACUGGGCAAAUCAACAGCUUUCUGCUUCUAAAGUUCCAGUCACAACCGUCACACCUGCCCCGUGUUGCUACGAGCAUACAGCAAACCACUGCAUCAAAUUUCACUAUAUUAUGUUUAAAAAACCAAGAAUUUUGCAGAUUACAUGAAGAAUUUCAACCAAAUAUGCACAGCACAAAAUUAAACCACUACAGAUCAAGGAUGCCUUUCUUAGAUAUCUGAAAUGAUUUCUCUAAUUUCCCAGAGCGAAUCUUUCGAAGACAAAAAUAAAAUAAAGGAACCUAUUUUACUUGUCAA